GCUGACUGGAUACGGAAUACACCACUGCUUUGCAAAGAGUAUGAUGGGUCAUGAAGAAAUGAUGUCCUUCACCAACAAUUUUUAUGCAGACUAUUACACCAUGGCCAGCAUCACUCUGGUGUCCUGCCUGGCCAUGUGCCCGGUGGUUGGUUUUCUGGGAAGAAGAGGGGGUCUCCUGCUCUUCAUGAUCCUUACUGCUCUGGCGUCUCUUUUACAACUGGGCCUUCUCAACUUGAUAGGAAAAUACAGUCAACUUCCAGACUCAGGUAUGAGUGACACCGUAAAGGACAAAUUCUCCAUUACGUUUUCCAUCGUGGGGAUGUUCUCAUCGCACGCAGUUGGAAGCCUGAGUGUAUUCUUCUGCGCAGAGAUCACCCCAACUGUAAUAAGGGGUGGUGGCCUUGGCCUCGUCCUGGCCAGCGCAGGUUUUGGGAUGCUGACAGCACCCAUCAUGGAACUUCACAACCAGAAAGGCUACUUCCUCCACCAUGUGAUUUUUGCCUGUUGUACCCUCAUCUGCAUCAUCUGCAUUCUCCUCUUGCCAGAGAGCAAAAACCAGAACCUGCCGGAGAACAUUCCAGAUGGUGAACAUUACACCCGGCAGCCUCUCAUACCGCAUAAGAAGGGGGAGCAGCCCCUGCUUCUGACGAACUCUGAACUUAAAGAUUACUCCGGCCUCCAUGAUUCGGCAACCGUGAAUGAUGGGGUGACCGAGAUCGUCACUGCCAACGGGAUGAAAGCAAUGUAGGAGGAGGAGGAGCAUUUAGUUGUGGGUUUGCUUCUCGUCCAAGAUUUACAAACCAUUGAGAAGAAGGGAUGGAUACACAGGGAAAUUAGACUCUGCUGCUAAAGCCACUUCUAGAAAUCUGUGAUGGGGAUACAAAUUGCUUUGAGGCACAGUAAUGUGGGGGGAAAUGCAUCUUUAGAAAAACUGGCUGGAGAUCACUGUCCAUUUUUUUUUCCCCUGCCAUGAAAUAGUUCUAUUUAUUUUGUCGAUUUUCCCCAUGAAAGCACUUUAUUCUGUUCUUCUUCUCUUGUUGACCAUAAACAUGAAGCCAUGUUACUCUCAAGAAAAGCAGCCAUUCCAGGAAAGAAAUCAUGAGGCGGUAUAUGGUUUUGGUUUCAUUUUAUUGUUUAUUUUUUGUGUUUUUUUCCUAGGGGUAUGAGGCAUCUCUUGCUGCAUCAAUGAAUUUGUUGGCUACUGGCGUUUCUGGGUCAUCUUUUUUUUUCCCCUUGAUCUCUCCAGAUAAUUAAUAUUUCCUCCUUCCAAUCUCCUAGUCCUAGCUACUGUGAAAGUGUGUGCCCGUAAAACUAAA